GGAGGUGUUGGUCCGCCUCGGGCCCGCGGCGCGCGACCCCGGCGCGACACGCACGCGCGCAGCCGCGGCGCGCAGCCGCGGCGCGGGGCUCGGGGCGCGCAGGCGCCGCGGGCGUGGGGCCGCGCAGGCGCGGACGGCGUUGGUCUGAAGAAGACCUUCAGCCGUGCCCUGGCGGAUCCGACAGGCCCUCGUAGCGGAGCCGACAGGCCCUCGGGUAGGAGAUAUGUGUAACACACCAACUUACUGUGAUCUAGGAAAGGCUGCCAAGGAUGUCUUCAACAAAGGAUAUGGGUUUGGCAUGGUCAAAAUAGAUCUGAGAACCAAGUCAUGUAGUGGAGUGGAAUUUUCUACUUCGGGUCAUGCUUACACGGAUACAGGGAAAGCAUCAGGCAACCUGGAGACCAAAUACAAGAUCUGUGACUAUGGACUGACCUUUACCCAAAAGUGGAACACAGACAAUACUCUUGGGACAGAAAUCUCUUUGGAGAAUAAGUUGGCUGAAGGGUUGAAACUGACUCUUGAUACCAUAUUUGUACCAAACACAGGGAAGAAGAGUGGGAAAUUGAAGGCCUCCUAUAAACGAGAAUGUUUCAGUAUUGGCAGUAAUGUUGAUAUAGAUUUUGCUGGACCAACCAUCUAUGGCUGGGCCGUGCUGGCCCUUGAAGGCUGGCUUGCUGGCUAUCAGAUGAGUUUUGACACAGCCAAAUCCAAACUGUCACAGAAUAAUUUUGCUCUGGGUUACAAGGCCGCGGACUUCCAGCUGCACACUCAUGUGAAUGAUGGCACUGAGUUUGGAGGGUCGAUCUACCAGAAAGUGAAUGAGAAGAUUGAAACGUCAAUAAACCUCGCAUGGACGGCCGGCAGUAACAACACCCGUUUUGGCAUUGCUGCUAAGUAUAAGCUGGAUUGUAGAACUUCUCUAUCUGCUAAAGUAAAUAAUGCCAGCCUAAUUGGAUUGGGUUAUACUCAGACCCUUCGACCAGGAGUCAAACUGACCCUAUCAGCUCUAAUCGAUGGAAAGAACUUCAGUGCAGGAGGUCACAAGGUUGGGCUGGGAUUUGAACUAGAAGCUUAAUGUGGUUUUGCGUAAAGCAUCAGCUUUGUUCCUGGAGGUGAAGAGAAACGAACCCACUAUGUUUUGGCCUUAAAAUUCUUCUGUGAAAUUUCAAACGUGUGAACUUUUUAUUCUUCCAAAGAAUUGUAAUCCUCCCCACACUGAAGCCUAGGUAUCGAGUCAUCCUGAGGGAGGUGCUUGAAGGCAUGCCUGGAAGUUGUCAUGUUCGUGCCAUGUUUCAGUUCAGUUCCACAGUGUUAUUUUAAAUGUGUUCCUCAGCCACGGUGUAGUGUCAUGUUCCAAAGGAGAUGACCCGGCCCUCCAGGUGUACGUCACGUCCUGCAUGUCCCACACCACUUGUUCAUGGCCUUGGCAUAUAUGGUCUCUGUGCAGUAGUGGAAUCUUUGGUUUUGCAUCAGAGUAAAAUAAAAUAAACCCAUCACAUUUGGAACAUAAUUGCU